CUUCAGCUGCAGAAACUUGCUUCAAUGUGAGAAAAGCCAUUUCAGAACUGCUCGGCUUUCAGCACACAGUCCGUCUUCCUAAGGCUUCAAACAAAAAAUAAGAUGCUUGCCUGAUAAACCAUAAAUGUCAAGGAGAGGACGCACUUCAAUAGACUGCAGGGAAAUGGUGAGCAGCCAAAUAAUACUGGUUCUUAUCUCUGGAGAAAUCUGGAAAUCACUUUCUACCGAAACACCCUCAGAUGUUUCCAUAAGUGAAAGAAAUGUAUACACCAGUACCACCAGUCCAACAAAACACAGUUCUACUGUGUAUCGACCGCCAACAACCGGGCCCAGCCUGCACACGUUUGGCAGCACACUGACUGCUGUGACGACAACAUCCAACCCGAUUGGAACAUGCAAAGAGCCUAGCAAUGAAAGCCAGAUAGCAGCAAUGAUAAUUGGAGUAAUUUUGGUUAGUAUGACAAUUGCUAUUCUCGUGAUUAUUCUGUGGAAGUGCUGCAGAAGGCCCCUUCUGGUCAAUUCAAACUGGGCUGGUCGUUCUCCGUUUGCAGAUGGAGACACACCAGAUAUCUUCAUGGACUCUGGCCAGGCUACCAAGCGUUCAUCGGUUUUAUCUGUGUUGCCUUGGAAAUUUAGAGAAGAUACACACUUCCAGCAUGAUCUUAUCGCGUCAGAGAAACCACCCAGCUGCACCACCAGUCAUGAAAGCAGCCAAGUGCCUCCGCCAGCAGAAGACUGCUCUGCAGCCAGUAUCUCCGCUUCCAGCGCCGCCGCACCGCCUGCCUCAGACGCGGUGAGCUGCACACCUGGCUCGUGUCCUCACCCCGAUCCUGGGUCCUCUGACCUGCCACCUCCACCUGACUGGCUCCGGGAACCAACUGAGGAUCACAGCUCGGAUCCCAGCAAACAAGAGGAACUUCACUCAGAAAUAAAGGAACAAUUUCCCCCCCCUCCUGAGCUAAUCGUUUAAGAGAUUUGUGAAUCACUGCCACAGCCAGAACACCCUCCGUACACGGCCACAAUCACUCUCCAACAUGCUUCUCAUUUUUCUUAAAUGAAGCAUUCUUCAAGUAACUGAACAAUGGAGAAGUUGCCACAAGCAGGAACAACCAAACCACAGCAUGAGCAACGGUUCCCCAGCACUUACUGACUGCAGCUUUCACAGAAGGGAACAACCUAGUUCUGCCCCAAACAAAUCAUGCCAAAAUACAACACAGAGCCCACUGCACAGACAAGUAGCAACUCCUGAUUUUGGAGACUACGGAAAACAGAGCAUGCGUACCUUUGUGUGUCAGCACAUACCUAUACAUAGCAUACAGAUGGACACGGAGCUUUCAAGAAACAGUAAAGCUUUAGAGGUACUCAGAGCUUCUAACAAUUGUUUGUCCUAUUAGUCUGUAAAGUGAAUGCGAUGAAUUCAAGCUAAUUUUAAUAAAGCUUUCUAAUUCAAA